AUGCAUGGGGUUCUCUACUUUUUCCAUCCUGGAGAUAAUGCAAAAAUAGAAAUUGCUGAAUCCCCUGUUUUAAAAAAUUUGGGCUUAUACAGAAAAAUAAAGCCAAUUGUCGGGACGGAUUAUGUUCGUAGUAGAGUUAAAGAUUACCAUCACAAGAGAGAUUAUUUAAAACAAAAUAAUGUUAAAUUCAGACUUGGAGAAUUUGAAAUUGAAGAUGGCUUCGAAUAA